AUUAUUACACAUCAGACAAUAAUUCACUCUUUCCUCAAUCUCCAGGCGUGUACCUGAAUGCAAGUGACAUCUACAGUAUAUAUAUACAGCCGUCUGUAUCUCUGAAUAGUUAUCAGAAAACAUUCCUAUCUAGUUUUGUAGUUUAAACAUCCUUUCAUGAUGUCAGUCAGUGGUUCCAACCUUCGAAACACCUUGGGAAAUAAUCCGGAAAGCACUAUAAAAGAAACUCAGGCACACCAAGACAACAGUGCACAACCCAACGGCAGCUGCAUGACUUCUAUAACCGAAAACAAUGUUAUGGUGACAAUGGCUAACAAGGUGGCAGAAAUCAAUUUAUCGGAUGCUUCUGGGAUUGACAGUCCAAUCGGAAACAUGAAUGCUGAGAUUUCAGAGCGGCUAAAAACAGAAACACUGUCUGAUAAAAUCCUGGAAUCUAAAGAGGCAACUGCAAAGAGUUUUGAGGAAACUGCAGCUGAUGUUUCUGUAGGAGGAGCCUGUAAGGCCGCAGAUGAUGAAGCAAUCCCAUUCACAGCUAAAGUGUACUUGGCUCCAGCUGAGCAGUAUUGGAGUACGAUAAGGGACAGGCCAGUGAAGCUAAGGAUGAAUAAGUCGGGUCCAGGCUCUGAGCCUCCUCUUACUGUCCACCAAAUGUUCCAGUUGACGGUGGACAAGUUCGGGGAUCACCCAGCCCUCUGCUUAAAGAAGGAUGGAGCUUGGGUUACACUGACCUAUAAGGAAUACCAACAGCAAUGCCGAGCUGCAGCCAAGAGCUUCCUCAAGUUGGGGCUGGAGCGCUUCCAUGGUGUUGGUAUUCUGGGAUUCAAUGCUCCUGAGUGGUUUAUCGCAGACAUCGGUUGCAUCAUGGCAGGAGGCCUUGCUGCUGGAAUCUACACCACCAACUCUCCAGAAGCCUGUUAUUAUGUGGCUCAUGACUGUGAAGCCAAUGUGUUGGUGGUUGAAAAUGAAAAACAACUAGAAAAAAUCCUCCAGGUUAAAGAUCAACUACCACACCUGAAGGCCAUUGUUCAAUACAAGGGAGAAGUGAAAAAUAAGAUGCCAAACAUAUACACGUGGACAGAGUUUAUGAAGAUUGGGGAGGACAUAUCUGAUGCUCACCUGGAUGCGGUAAUUAACAGCCAGAAAGCUAAUGAAUGUUGCACCCUCAUUUACACAUCAGGAACCACAGGAAACCCUAAAGGGGUUAUGCUCAGUCAUGACAAUAUCACAUGGACUGCAAAUGCAGCAGGGACUUUAAUCAAUCUGAAAAAAGCGGAGGAGUCACUAGUGAGUUACCUGCCCCUCAGUCAUGUGGCUGCCCAAGUGAACGACAUGUGGGUCCCAAUGAGUUUUGCAGGCACCACUUAUUUUGCUCAACCAGAUGCAUUGAAAGGUUCUUUAGCCACCACUUUAAGAGAAGUACGCCCCACAAGCUUCUUGGGUGUUCCCCGUGUGUGGGAGAAGAUGCAGGAAGCAAUGAAAAACAUUGGUGCUAAGUCUUCCCUCAUGUCAAGGAAAAUUUCAGAGUGGGCUAAGGGAAUAGGGCUUCAGGCCAGCUACAAUGCAAUGAACAAUAAUCCCUCAGUGCCUUGGGGCUUCACGCUGGCUAAUAACCUGGUCUUCAAGAGGGUACGUACAGGUCUUGGUUUGGAUCGCUGCAAAACCUGCUUUACAGGGGCAGCACCAAUCACUAAGGACACACUGGAAUACUUCAUGAGUCUAAACAUCCCCAUCUAUGAGCUGUAUGGCAUGAGUGAGAGUACAGGACCUCACACCAUGUCUUGGACUGACAACUUCCGUAUAAUGAGCUGUGGUAAAGUGAUACCAGGCUGCAAAACAGAGCUAGACAAGCCAGACGAAGAUGGCAAUGGAGAGGUGUGUUUCUGGGGCCGUCAUGUCUUCAUGGGCUACAUGAAUAUGGCUGAUAAAACUGAAGAGGCACUGGGCUCAGACGGCUGGCUGCAUUCAGGAGACCUGGGAAAGCAUGACAUGAGUGACUUCCUAUACAUUACGGGCAGGAUAAAAGAGCUAAUCAUCACUGCUGGAGGAGAAAACAUCCCGCCAGUCCCUAUUGAGGAUGCAGUCAAGGAGGAACUGCCCAUCAUUAGCAAUGUCAUGCUGGUGGGAGACAAAAAGAAAUUCCUCUCCAUGCUUCUUACUCUCAAGUGUAAUGUUGAUGACAAUGGAGACCCCACAGAUGAGCUGGCCCCACUUGCUGUAGAGUUCUGCAGAAAACAUGGUGUCAUGGCAAGCAAAGUUUCAGAGAUCAUCAGCAACAAAGAGCCAGCCAUUUACAAAGUCAUCCAGGAAGGCGUAGACAAGGUCAAUGCCAAGGCCACAUCCAAUGCUCAAAAGGUCCAGAAGUGGGCACUUUUAUCUCAUGACUUCUCUGUAUCUGGAGGGGAGCUUGGUCCUACAAUGAAGCUUAAAAGGCCAGUGGUUUCCAAAAUGUACAAAGAAGAAAUUGAUUAUUUUUAUAAUGUAUAACUUAUUUUAGUAACAGUUUGAGUAAAAUAAGCUUGUCAAAAAAAAAGGAAAAAUCACCAUCCAGUUCCCUUUACUUUGGAAAAUAAUACAUUUGUUUUUCCUCACUCCACCACAUACUGUACUUUACACAAGAAAUAGGAGUGCCUUUCUCACCUCAGCACAUCCACAUGUGUGUAUCAUACAGUACUUUAUGCUGCCGCCUGCACUUUUUGUAUAUACUAACUUUAAUUAUAGUUAAACCUAGUACAGUACCUGAGACUUGGCACACAUGCAUUUAGUUGCUAUAAUAUUAUUGUGGCAAUAUUUUUACUACUUCAAACUUAGAAACUUCAUGUCUUAAUCAUAAACUUAAUUCUUUUUAAAUGGCAUCGGUUUCUCUUUGGUAAACCGUUAAGGUGGCACAAGUAUAGAUUUCU